AGAAAAAAACAGCCUUCUGGCAUGGUUUAAAGAUUCACCAAUCAGCACCAGAAGCUGAAACCAAGAUGUGAAUAUAAACCUCUCUUUGACUGCCCUGGCAACUGAGAAGUCCACAACCAAUUUCUAAAUCACAUGGCAGAUCUCCCAAUUAAUGCCCAAAAGGCUGUUUCCUUGAAAUCAGAGUCACGCUAUAGUUCCUUUCAUACAUCGGAAGUGAGUAAAUCAGUGAAUAAUGCAACCCCCUUCCUGUCUGCCAGAACUCUGCCAAACCAAGCACAUGGGGCUGGGUUCAAGCAAACUGUUACUUGUUAAAGUAACGUAAAGGAUUUGUGUUUUGGAGGGGUUAAAAUUGCUCAGAUAAAGGGAAAACUUACAGAAGAUCCGCAGGUGCCUGCAUGAAUACUCCCCAGUCUCUCUGAUGCGAGCUGGCAGGUCCCAUAAAGCCGCUCAGCCUUGAACAGGGAAGGGAAGGGAAGGAGGCAGAGAGCAAGAGCUCCAGCUGCGACUCCAAAGCCCCAGAAAGAGCCUCUAACCCAAUUCCCUUCAAGUGCACAAGCCUCGCGAACUGCAGCAUCUGUUUGCCACUGUAUUCACUGAGUUCACAGGGCAAACAAAAGAUCCAUAUCAAGCAUGCAUCCUUCCAGAGGGGGAAAUCCUUCCUUCCUUCACCCAUAUAUUUGCCUUUCUUUUCUUUCCGUUAUUUUCUUUUUUUUUUUUCCAGGGGAGGUGAGGGAGAGGGGGGUUGUCACUAAUUAUUUUUUUUAUAGUAAUUAAGAGAGCUAACACCAGCUAGGCUAGAGUGAACGCAAACAAGACCCCUAUAGGCAGCACAGUGCAUUAAUGUAAAAUAUGCCCAGACAACAUAACUUGUCAGAGAGGAUUAUUUCUGCUUAGUGAAUCUGCAGGGGCCCCUUUGCUCCACCACUCAGCGUCUGCCUAGAGAGAGAAAGAGUAGCCAUUAGUGAGUAGCUACUGUGGCAUUGAUGUUUGAGCGCACUUCUGAACUGGCUUUUGUUGAGAAUAUCGGUGCAGAAAGCAUGCGCUGUCCCAAAUCCGCUGUUACUAUGAGAAAUGAGGAGCUGCUUUUAAGUAACGGCACAGCUAACAAGAUGAAUGGAGCUUUGGAUCAUUCAGACCAACCAGACCCAGAUGCCAUUAAGAUGUUUGUUGGACAGAUUCCCCGUUCAUGGUCGGAAAAAGAGUUAAAAGAACUUUUUGAGCCUUACGGAGCUGUCUACCAGAUUAAUGUUCUCCGAGACAGAAGUCAGAACCCUCCCCAAAGUAAAGGUUGUUGUUUCGUAACAUUUUAUACAAGAAAAGCUGCUCUUGAGGCACAGAAUGCACUGCACAAUAUUAAAACUUUACCUGGGAUGCAUCAUCCUAUUCAGAUGAAACCUGCAGAUAGUGAAAAGUCCAAUGCUGUGGAAGACAGAAAAUUGUUCAUAGGAAUGGUUUCGAAGAAGUGUAAUGAGAAUGAUAUCAGGGUGAUGUUUUCUCCGUUCGGCCAGAUAGAAGAAUGCAGAAUCCUUCGGGGACCUGAUGGGCUGAGCAGAGGCUGUGCGUUUGUCACAUUUUCUACAAGGGCAAUGGCACAGAAUGCAAUCAAAGCCAUGCACCAGUCUCAGACCAUGGAGGGCUGCUCUUCGCCAAUCGUGGUGAAGUUUGCUGAUACCCAAAAGGACAAAGAGCAGCGGCGUUUGCAGCAGCAGUUGGCACAGCAGAUGCAACAGCUCAAUACUGCCACUUGGGGAAACCUCACGGGUCUUGGAGGACUCACACCACAGUAUCUAGCUCUUCUGCAGCAAGCAACUUCCUCCAGUAACUUGGGUGCCUUCAGCGGCAUUCAGCAAAUGGCCGGCAUGAACGCUUUACAAUUACAGAAUUUGGCAACUUUAGCAGCUGCAGCAGCCGCUGCCCAAACCUCAGCUACUACCACCAAUGCAAAUCCUCUCUCCACAACGACUGGUGCUCUGGGAGCCCUCACAAGUCCUGUGGCUGCAUCAACUGCUAAUUCCACAGCUGGUGCAGCCAUGAAUUCUUUGACUUCUUUGGGUACUCUCCAAGGACUGGCUGGAGCCACCGUUGGACUGAAUAAUAUUAAUGCACUAGCAGGUACCGUAAACAGUAUGGCGGCCCUGAACGGAGGACUCGGCGCAACAGGCUUGACGAAUGGUACGGCCGGCACAAUGGACGCGCUCACCCAGGCCUACUCAGGAAUCCAGCAGUAUGCUGCCGCUGCGCUGCCCACCUUGUACAGCCAGAGCUUGUUGCAGCAGCAAAGCGCCGCGGGCAGCCAGAAGGAAGGUCCAGAAGGGGCAAACCUCUUUAUUUACCACCUCCCCCAGGAAUUUGGAGACCAGGACAUUCUGCAGAUGUUCAUGCCUUUUGGAAAUGUUAUCUCUGCUAAAGUCUUCAUUGACAAACAGACCAAUCUGAGCAAGUGCUUUGGUUUUGUUAGCUAUGACAAUCCAGUCUCUGCACAAGCUGCUAUCCAGGCUAUGAACGGCUUUCAGAUUGGCAUGAAACGCUUGAAGGUUCAGCUGAAACGCUCCAAAAAUGACAGCAAACCUUACUGAUCUUAACCCCAGAUGCUUACUGCUCUUAUUUUAGCUUUCUUAGGACAUCUCCAUGCCCGUUAGCCCAUCGUUUGCCUAGCAUGUCCCUGUGGCGUCUCAAAAAAAAAAAGUUUCAUCGUCCCGUCAUUGUUUCUGAUGUCUUUCUGACCUCACAUCAUAUUUGGUUCUCCUACUGACCUUUGAUCUAGUUUGACCUUUGAAAUUUGCAUGUGACCUCAUCUAGCUAUGAAUUCUGGGAAGUCAAUGUGAAAAAACAUUGCUGCAUUCAUGCAAGACUGAAAUUUAUUAUUAGAUAAAUUAAUGAUAGGAUUUAAAGACAACCUGUGGCAAAAUGUUUUUUCUUUCUUUUUUUUUUUUUUUUGUUUUGUUUUUUUUUUGUUUUUCUUUUUCCUCUGGGUUUCG